CCUUUACAUAUGGAGAAGUGUACUGAUGUCUGCAUAUCCUGAUUAGACUAGUAUGACUUGACCAAGGAUAAGUCUUCAACUUCAAGGAUUAUUUUCUUGGAAGCUUCUAUAUACACAGAUAACAGAUAACCGAAAAUGAGUAAGAAGAGGAAGGAAGACGAUAAGCCACCUCCCGUAUCGGGUCCUGGCAGUCGGAUUGUGGGCUUACCCAGCUCUCUCAGGAAACACCUUAAACAAAUCGAGUACCAAGCUUGUCUUGUCGUUGACUUCGCAACAGGAGGCCUGAAGAAACUGCCCAUGGAUAUUUUCAAGAACGAAGAAGUGUGCGACCUUGCGAGGAAGUUCCUGGUGGGAUGCAAUAAGCUGAAGAAGAUACCGAAGGAUAUUGGUGAGAUGGUCAAUGUGGAGUUGAUUGACGUGAGCAUCAACCAGUUAUCCUCGUUACCGGGCACUAUCGGCAAAUGCAAGAUGCUGAAAGUGCUAAACGCUGAGCGAAAUUGCCUGAAGAGUCUGCCGAAAACUCUUAAUAAACCGGCUUUCCUUAAAACCAUCCUGGCGUCUAACAACAAGAUCAAGUCGUUACCGAACACGAUGAACAAAUGCCUGGCGCUGGAAACAUUGGACGUAUCCCAUAACCAAGUGAAAAGCCUGAAAAAGACGAUUUACCAAUGUAGUAUCAGUUUAGAUAUCAGCCACAACAGGCUGUCCGAUCUGCCCGACGCUACAGGUGUGAAAAAGUCCGCGAUCAAGUCAAUCAACGCUUCCCACAAUAUGAUCACGUUCUUACCGGAAACCAUCCAUAUUGUGACGACACUCACCUGGUUAGACAUUUCCCACAACGAACUGGAGGAAAUUCCUCGGGAACUGGGUUUCCUGAAGUACCUCGAACAUCUCAACAUGGGUUACAAUCGUGUGACCUUCCUACCAGAAGAGAUUUGCAACAUGGGAAAUUCUCUCCGCUUCAUGGACGCCUCCAACAAUAACUUGGAUUCGCUACCGUCUAAGUUUAACACCAUGAAGCGUUUGACGCACUUAGACUUGUCAAAGAACAGCAUUGAUACGCUCCCGAAUAAAUUCCACGAGCUUGUAGAAUUAAAGACCCUGGACCUAUCAGGAAAUAAGUUAGCGUCCAUUGACACAGUGACGAAACUCGUCAGUUUGGAAACUUUGUCUGUGGCGAACAAUUUCCUGGUGGAAAUUCCUGAGGAAAUCGGUAAACUGAAAUGUCUGGUGUCAAUCGACGUUUCUGGAAACGCCAUUAAGCAGAUCCCACAAGAACUUGGUUUGGUUCCUACCCUGAAAACCAUCAAAGCUUCAGACAACAAAAUCCCGGCCAUUCCGGACAUGUUUGGAGACAAGCAACUCCUCCAAGAUUUGGAUUUUUCGGGAAACUGGCUGACUGGCGUUCCGAGUGACCUGAGAAAGCUGCGCACCGUGGAAAGUCUCAAUCUCUCCCGUAACACGAUAUCCCACCUCCCAAGAGCCAUGGACACGCUUGGCUUACUACGUAAACUCGACGUCAGUUCCAACGAGCUGACGGACUUGUCGUUGCCGACCAGCGUCACGUCCCUGAAUCUGGCCUCGAAUGCCUGGUACAUGCCUGCCGUUGACCCGCGUUCGAUUCUCACCAUGAUCUGCCAGAAAGACCAUGCUUCGAUGAUCACAGAGCUCAACCUGUCCGAUGUAAAAAUGAACGAAAUGCCGGACAGCAUAGGGAGGAUGAAAUUCCUCAAGUCUCUGGAUCUCUCUCGGAAUCAGCUCAGGGACCUGACGGGCGAGAUCGGCAAGCUCCGAUUGCUGAACAGGCUGAACGUCAGUGACAAUGAGCUGUUGAGCAUUCAUGAGAAGGUCUCGCAACUGCAGUGUCUGGAGACGCUGGAUGCGUCGCAAAACAAGAUUAACGAGUUUCCCGAGGGUCUCUUGGAGGUUAUGUCGGUGGAGAAGCUUAAUCUCUCCUUUAAUAACAUCGCCACGCUUCCGGUCCACUUCGGAGAACUACACAAACUGGUGAUGCUGAAUCUCUCAAACAAUGAGCUGGAGGAAUUCCCCGAGGAUCGAAUAGACAUUCUGGCCUCACUCAUCACGCUGAACUUGUCCAAAAACCACAUCACCAAAUUCCCCACAGACCUACCUUACUUGUAUCGGAUACAAUUCCUGAUCGCCGCCGGAAACGAUAUUACUGAGCUUCCGUCGGACAUAAGCAAGAUGGCAGGAUUGGAGAAGCUGGAUCUAUCUGAUAACCUCUUGACGUCACUACCGGAGAACAUUUGCAAAAUACCGUCCCUCGUGAGCCUAGACGUCUCCGACAACUGCAUUACAGUCUUCCCUAAGAAGAUGGAGCAGCUGAGACAGAAAUGUGAGGUGAAUACUGAAGAUCAAGAUUCACUGAAAACUCGGGAGGCAGGAGACAGACCUUCUUCCUCCGCAGACUCCAAUCCAAGAGAAGGCAGUCCGAAAACGAAAGCGACAGGGCUCGACACAGAGGACUGA